UUGAUUGGAGGGAGCCAACAAGCGGAUGGAUUGAGUCGGAGGAUUUAGAGGACGCCUUGAUGGCACUCAGCAAUUGGCGGGAAGAAGGGAGAAGUGAUGCUGUCCAAAAGGAUAUCUGCACUAUAUGAACAUCUUUCAUGAGGAUCCUUGGAGAAGGAAAUGUUAGCAGCUAUGUGGCAAAACUGAACAAAAAUGCUCACGUUAUCUAAAACAUUUGUAAACUUUUGAUUUUCCAAUUUCAACUGGAAAAGAAACUAAAAGCGGUAACUACUGAUUUCUUCUCCUUUAAUACUGUUAUUUGUAUUGUAUGAAAACGAAAAGUGCUUAUUUUCUCACCUGCUAAUGAAACGACUGAUUUUAUUGUAGUGGGAAAUAUUGGAAGUGACAUUUAAACAGAGGAUUUAAGCUCAAUUUAAAUUUAUAAAUAUCUAUACAUUUUCUUAGCUCUCAAAAUGUUUGCUUGAUGUGAUGUUUAGCGUUCUUUCUUUAUAUAAUUUACAAUUUUAUUUUUAUGGUAUUUUCCUUACUACUAGCUAAAUUAUUUGGUGAACUUUUAGUUGAUACACAUUUCUACGUUAUAUUUCUUGCAUGCAUAUUACAUUAAUAUGUAAAGUUAAAAAGGUAAUAGAAAAUAAUCAAUUAAAUCUCUCAGAGACUUGUGAAGUUGUUUUAGUGGUUUAAAAAAAUCUUAUUAGUUAACUUGAUAAGACUCAAAAACUCCUUUUCAUGUGAUUUUGAUUCUCCCUUCUCAUUUACCCAUUUUAUAUCUCUCACUUAUGUCAUCUCUCUUAUUCUCCUGCAGCCCUUCUUAGGGAUCAUUUUCUGUUUGUUUCUCACAUAAGAACUUGUUAUGUGUAUAUUACCCAUUCUCCUUUUUCUUCUACUUUCCCUUUCUCCAUCAAAUGAGCAGUGCCUUCUACUAUGCUUUUAUUGUUAUCAGGCAAUCUUUAUACAAUUUCUUAAUUAAUUUACUAUACCAUAAGCCACUCCCUCUCUCUCUCUCUCUCUGUCUCUCUGAAAAUUUGAGGCCAUUCACAGAGAUCUCUCUUUACAUUACCCAUAUGCCUUUUGCCACAAUCUCCUCCAUCCCUGUUUCACAUGGAGGAGUUCUCUUAGCCAAUGUAAACCCCAUUAUAUACUCAUGCAUAGAUGAUCCCAUUCCAUUUUGUUUUCAUCAGCAGAUUGCUCCUUCUGUUAUCCCAAUUCUUAGGUAUCUUCAGUCUCUCCCAGUCUAGUGACUGCUUCCUUUGCUUACUGAUAUGCUUAUGUCUUCAAAUCUUCAAAAAUCCACUUGAUCUAUCUAUCAUCACUAACUUAUCCCUUAGUUGUACUUCCUUUUGUGAGUAAAUUCUUUGAGAACACCGUGUGUAACAGUUGUCUCUAUUUCUAUUCCUCUCUUUAAUGCUCUAUAAAUCUGGUUUCCAGCCUUUUUCAUUCAAUUGAAACUAUUCCCUCAAAAGUUACUAAAGAUCUCUAAUUGCUAACUUUAAAGGCUUUUAAAAAUACUCAUCAUUUUUGACCACUCUCUAGUCUUUGACAUUUGAUCACUAUCUUAUAUCUAGGUUUUCAAAAUAUUGCUUUAUCUUGCUUUUUUCCUACUUAUCUGACUGCUUCUUUUCAGUUUCCUUUGCUGGAUCUUCAUCCAGGUUAUGAUCACCAACAAUCAGUGUCCCACAGGGCUCUGCCCUUGACUCAUUUUAUUUUUCUCUCUAUUCUAGGGGCAAGAGACUUUUUUUUCUGCCAAGGGCUAUUUGGAUCCUUAUACCAUCAUUUGCAGGUCAUACAAAAUCAUUAACUAAUAGAACUCAAGAUAGAGGUUCUUUCUGCUAACAGAUGUCUUUUUUCUUGACUGAAUUGCAUCUCUGGUCUUUAAAGAAUACCUUACAUAUUGAAGACAGAGACAUUGGGAUCUACCAGUAUUAUGACAAGAAAGACUCAGUUUUACCAACAGAUCAUGGUUACUUAGAAGAGAAGCAACAGUUGGCAGAAUCACGAGAUUAUCCUUGGAUACUCAAGAAUCGACGUCCAGAAAAACUUAGAGAUACUCUUAAGGAAUUGGAGGAGCUGAUGCAAAACAGUCGAUGUGUGUUGAGCAAAUGGAAGAACAAAUAUGUCUGUCAGCUCCUUUUUGGUUCAGGUGUGUUGGUGUCCCUAAGCCUUUCUGGGCCACAGCUGGAUAAAGUGGUGAUUGACAGAACCCUGGUGGGGAAGCUCAUCUCCGACACCAUCAGUGAUGCUAUUCUCACAGACAGUUUCAUCAUUUUGUCUUUUUUGGAGCAAAAUAAAUUGUGUUAUAUUCAGUUUACUAAGAAGUUGGAUUCCCCGGAUGUAAAUAAAAGAUUUGAAAAACUCUCCACUUCAGAAUAUAAGAUAUCCUACCUGGAAAUACCUGGCCCAAUCACCCGGAGAAUAGUACGUCAUCUAGCUAUCAAUUGUAUUCAAGAUAUGGCCAUUUGUUGGUGGGAAAUAUCUAGUGAUGAUGUUUGGCCUUGGUCUCCUAUUUCUAGUGAAAAGGACAGAGCUAAUCUGUUCUUACUAGCUUGUAACCAUGGAAGACUGGAGGUUCUGAGUUUCAUCCGUACAGAAUGGAAUCCACUUGAUGCUAGCUUUAGCACUAAUCAGCCUUAUCAGGUGCACACAGUAGAGCAUUCCAUCAGUGUAGACAAAGAACCUAUGGCUGACAGCUGCAUUUAUGAGUGUGUUCGAAACAAAAUCCACUGUGUAACAGUCACCAGAAUACCACUACGAUCAAAGGCCAUCAGCUGCUGCAGGAAUGUUGCUGAAGACAAACUAAUUCUAGGCUGUGAGGAUUCUUCAGUCAUUCUCUAUGAAGCCCACCGAACAGUGACUCUGUUGGCUCAGGCUGAAAUUUUGCCUACAUUCAUUAGUUGCCACCCAGGUGGGGCUAUCCUAUUGGUUGGAAGUACCCAGGGGGAUUUGCAGAUUUUUGACAUAGCAUUAUCACCUAUUAAAGUACAACUUUUGGCAGAAGACUGCUCACCAAAGAAAAUCCUGCAACUUAGUAAACAUUUUGAUGUCUCCAGUGGCCUCAUUCAAAUGCAGUGGACAGCUUCUCAAUUUGUUCCUCAGACUCCUAACAGUAUUGACAUUCAUGAUCUUCUAUUCCUUAAGUUUGACAGAGGGCCACUGGGUGUACUUCUCUUUAAACUAGGAAUCUUCACAAAAGGACAGUUGAGUCUUAUAGAUCUUAUCCAUCAAUAUAUUCGUUACGAUGAGAUCCAUGAAGCAAUAAAUGUUCUAAGCAGCAUGAACUGGAGUACUAUGGGCCAUCAGUGUUACUUAAGCAUGAGUGCAAUUGUAAACCAUCUUCUUAGACAACGGCUAACACCAGAGAGAGAAGCACAGCUUGAGGCAAGCCUUGGAUCCUUCUAUGCUCCAACAAGACCCCUCUCCGAUACAACUAUAUUGGAAUAUAGAGGCCCAAUCAGCAAAUACGCAAGGAGGUUCUUCCAUCACUUGCUCAGGUACCAGAGAUUUGAAAAGGCCUUUCUCCUAGCAGUUGAUAUUGGUGCUCGGGACCUGUUUAUGGACAUCCAUUACUUUGCAAUAGAUAAGGGUGAACUGGCGCUAGCUGAAGUGGCAAAGAAACGAGCUAACGACAUUGAUGCAGAAUCAAUAACUACUGGAGUUGAACUCCUGGGGUCACUGGACAGAGGGGAUAUACUAAAUGAAGCUUUUAUCGGCCUAUCUUUGGCACCUCAAGGUGAAGAAACAUUUCUAGACAAUCUUCCUCCCUCUGGUUCAAGUUACAGACAUAUCUCACAACAAACAGCAUUGACUCCCUCUUCAAACAGAUCUAAAUAUAACAGACCAGCACUUGACACAGAGAGUAAAUUUGAAAAAGACACCUACACUGAGCCCCUGAUGGAAAACACUUUAUCCUGGAAUUCAGAAGGAGAACUAGGAGAAGACUACAAAGAGCAGGAAAUCGGAGAUGAUGGUUCUCUGAGAAUGGUUCAUUUUGGUUUGGUGUGAUGAAGAAAACACAACUUUUCACUUGAUGACUUUGUAACUUUAUUCUUAAAUGUACCCAAAUGAGAACAUGCAUAGCAUAUAUACAGACCCAAUUUUCAGUAGGUUUCCCCCAUAUAUUAAUCACCAGCCAUCAUUCCUCCACAUCCCUCAUCAUAUCUUCAUCAAAUGGCUGUUCACUUCUUGGUUAGCUGCUACUUCUAAAUCCCAUGGAUGCUGGACCAAUGAGGUGUGUGGAAAAUAUCACUGGAAAAGCCAGUGGACAGUCAGUGUAGCUAUCACUAAGGACAUUAUUGUGUUUUAAGUGGUCCAUACUGAAUAUUAAUCUAGUCACCCACAGAAUCCGUUGAAACUCAUAUCGGAUAAAGCAAAUGCUAUCAUAUUAAUACAAAAAAUAAAAUGUAAAAUAGCAAAUAAAUUUAUUUUAACUGUGGACAAACUAAAUACAUCAUGCUGUUCAUCAAUUGUAUGGUGUAAUCUCUGUAUGACCUACAUAAAACUUGACCGGUGACAAAUUUUUUUUCUUAAGUGACUACUGCAUCACUCAUCCUUUAGUUCCACAGGUAAAAAUUGAUCCAAAUUGUCAAAGAACCAGAUAUUGGCAGUGGUGAGGAUAUAAAUUAUUUGCUUUGAGAUUUUGAUUGUAUGGUGAAUGCCUUGUUUUACAACAUGUUGGAAGAAUGAGGACAUCAAUUAGUCAGACCUGAUUGACUAAGAGUUAACUCCUGAUUGAUGUUCUUGUUCAGCCACAGCCCAAAGAGUUGCCCAGGGGGCCACUUUAUCACUAAGGUGAGAGGAGUCACACAAGCGCAGUCCUGCAGACUCAAUGUCAUCUAUCUGCCCUUGGUAUAAAUAUGCCUGUGGCUUCUCCUUCAGCAAUGGUACAAUCUACCCCCUCUCAAAAUGUCUUACUAGGAAUGACCUUCUCUUGGCUCUUCUCCAACUACUCUUAAAAAUACUGAGGACCUAAAUAGCUUUCAUGUUGCUUCUAGUUAGCUCUAACUGGAAUGCCAAUUACUAGAAUGAAAUAUUGAGAGCAUAUCUGAAAUACUAGAUCUAAAGUUUUCUUCUUGGUAAAGUGCCAGAUAAUUCAUUUCUCUUCCAUCACUUCCAGAAAUGUGUUUUUAUGCAUCCUCCUCUAUUUUUGCUUUAAGUCUCAACAUUUAAAGAAAAAAAACUACACAGUAUCACAAUAUUUUUUGCAUAAUGUUUUACUCCCAACACAUUUCACUAAAGAAACGCUAUAUAUACUGUUCUUCAUGUGUUCAUUUUUAGAAAAUCUUCAUUUGGAUGCAGACAUUACUUGCUACUUUAAACAUCUAAAAAUCAUUCUAUAGCAAUUUCAUUGGAGUAGAUCUCGACUUCAAAUACCUUCUCAAAAAAGCUGACUUUCAAAAGCAGAAGUAUUUCUCCAAGAAUGCUCUCCAUUUUUGUUAUCUAGAAAUAUAAUCUCAGUUGAAUAACCACUAUUUUCUCCUUUUUAAAAAGACGUGGAGCCUCUUUAACAUCAUUCCAUUGGAAACCCAGAUUUAAUCUUUCACUUCUAACUGCUAUUGCUAAAUGAACAGCAAUGGUGGUAAUCUGCUUCAUUCAAUGCUGUACUUCUGUCCUGAAUUAUUCAAAGAAAACAUUUAUUUUCUUAUCCUGCCACUAUUACUAAAGUGUAUUUACUAUAUAUACAUGUAUACACAUAUAUGUAUGUAUGUAAUUUUUAUCUUUGGGGGAAGAAUUUGUAUUGGAAACCAAAUCAUAGUAUUCUCACAGUGUUGUCUUCAUUUUCAAAGAGGACCAAAAUGACAUCACUUGUUUGUCAGUGAAUUAUUUUCACAAAAUAGGACAUUUAAAGUAUUUCUUUUGAAAGAUUAUAUUGAUGAAAAAGAAUACGCCUUUAUAUUUUAAUCAGUCAUUUAUUCACAAUUGAGAAGUUUUUUGACAAUAUUAUCACUCCUUUUCAAUGAAAUACUUUAUUAAAUGUUAACAGUUAGUAUAUCAUUCCUUGCUUAGGAAAGGGUAAUACAAAAUCAUUUAAAUGUUU